AUGUCUGAAUUCGACGACGCGAGAUGCGGGAUUGGAGAAGCUGAUUGCACCGGAUUCUGCCGCCUUAGUUGUCAGGGCGCUGGACGCUCGCGGAACACAGGUCUGGAUGCUCUCGGGCGACAACGCCACCACGGCCAAAGCCGUAGCCCGGCUGGUCGGCAUCAGAGAGAGAGCAGGGUGCUUGCAGAAGUCCUGCCGUCGGAAAAGGCCAGCAAGGUCGGAUACCUGCAGGCGACGCUGGACCCCCAAACCCACGGCUCCGUGAGCAGACAUCGCGGCCCGCGCGGGAGGCGCCGCGCAGUAGUGGCUAUGGUCGGCGACGGCAUCAACGACUCGCCGGCCUCGCUUGGUAUCAAUCAUGACAUAUAA